AUGCCACGCAUAAUCAUCCUCGGAACCUGCGACACCAAACUCCCCGAACUCCUCUCGCUCCGCUCCCACAUCACCACCCAAUCUCCCAGCGCCAAAAUCACCCUCGUCGACGCCGGCCGCUCCCCCAUCAAACACCAACUCAUCGACAUCCCCCAGGACACCCUCACCAGCACCUACGCCCCCUCCCCCAAUAGCCCGCAGGACCUCUCCUCCCUCCCCCGCGGCGAAGUGAUACACCACAUGAUCACCUGCGCCACCAACUGGCUCCGCGAAGCCUACGAAUACGGCCUCAAAGACCCUUCCGCCGCGCUUCACGGGAUCAUCGCCGCCGGCGGAACGGGGAAUACCGCGCUCGCGUCCGCGGUGAUGAGAGCGGUGCUGCCGAUUGGGUUUCCGAAGUUGAUUGUGAGUACGAAUGCGUCGGCGGAUGUGAGUCAUGUGGUGGGCGAGACGGAUGUUUGUAUGAUGCCGAGUAUUGUUGAUAUUGCGGGGAGUAACGAGUUGUUGGAGCGGAUUUUGGGGAAUGCCGCGGGGGCGGUUGUGGGGAUGGCGGGGGCGUAUGAGGCCGCACUUAAUGAUGAGGACGGGGGAGGAGGAAAGGGGAAGGGGAAGAAGAGGGUGGGGUUGUCGAUGUUUGGGGUGACGACGCCGGCGGUGGAUCGGAUCAGGAUGUUUUUGGAGCGGAAUUAUGGGAUCGAGUGUUUUGUGUUUCAUCAGACGGGGGCGGGGGGCAAGGCUAUGGAGAGGUUGGUUGAGGAAGGGGGGUUGGAUGCUGUGUUGGAUGUUACGACGACGGAGCUGUGCGAUCAUUUGUGCGGGGGGGUGAUGGACUCGGGACCGCGGCGGUUGGAGGCGGCGUUGAAGGCGGGGAUCCCGUAUGUGAUAAGCUGUGGUGCGCUGGAUAUGUGCAAUUUCGGGCCGAAGGAGACGGUGCCGGAGAGGUAUAGGGGGAGGAAGUUGUUUGAGCAUAACCCUACCGUGACGCUGAUGCGGACGAGUGUGGAGGAGUCGAGGGCGAUUGCUGAGUUUAUUGUUGAGAAGGUGAAGACGCAUACGAAGAGGAAGGAUUUGGUAAAGGUGGUAUUACCGCUCGGAGGCGUUAGUAUGAUUGCAGUGCCUGACGGGCCUUUCUAUGACGCCGAAGCGGACGACGCGCUCUUCUCUACCCUGCGAGAUGGGCUCAAAGACUCGGGGGUUGAGGUGGUCGAGGACCCGCGAGCGGUCAACGAUGAAGGUUUCGCGGUUGAUGCGGCGAAGAUGCUGGUGGCGAUGAUGGGUCUGUGGGGUCUCUGA